AUGAUCGCAGAGCUUUCUUCCAGGAUCGACGAAUUGUCAAAAUUACGGAACGAAAAUCGCGCUUCGUUGGCUCAGAAGACAAAGGAAGUUGAAGAUCUGAAGGCUCGGCUGCACGCCAUCCAUUCCAAGGAAAAAUUAACGAAGGAAACACUUCGAAACCAGGUGGAGUCUAUACGCAAUCUCGAAAAAGAGAGAAAACGUUUUCAAGUGCACAACGAGGAGUUGCAGAGUUCGAUACGAAGGAUUAAAGAUGAGAAGAAAGAGCUUGGGGACGAGUUGGACGAGUUGAGGAAGAAAUAUGAUUUACUUGACACUGCCAGGAAAAGCGAGAAGAAAAAGGCGAGCAGUUCUGCCCCUCCACAGCAUGGAUCACUGCAUCUCUCGCAACGCCAGGACCAGGCUGACCACCCCCGACCUUCCUCUCAUGCAUUUCCCGCAUUCUCCCCCAGCUCCAGCCCACAACCACCUCGCAAACGAUUGCAGCAAACUCUCAAGUCCCGUCCGCCGCAGAAUCAUCCAUCUGAUGACUCGGACUCAUUGAUAAUACUCCCCAGACACAUCCCCUCAACUUCCUACCCCGAUCUCACACCUUCAUCUGACAUCGAAGAGCUCUCUGUUGAGACAACUGCGCUUAUAUCUGGUAGCCAUCUGAAAAGGGCCGCGUUGGAAGCAGAUGGCGCUCCAUCAAAGCGAAUAAAAGGUGGAGCAAAUGCUCCUCUAAAUCUGAAUUCUUCCAGCUUGGAUUUUAGAAGAGGAAAAACUUCAGCGCUUUACACGACGGGUCCCCGGCACAAAGUUAACUAUCGCAUAACAUGA